GGCUGGACGUGCGGCAGGGCUUGGGAAGCCUUUUGGGUGCUGGCAGACCCUGUGUGAAUAUUUGAUUGGGCAAGUUGAGGUUUUGAGGUGGAGUGAUACAACUGGUUGUCUUCAAUACAUCUGGAGUGGAGCUGGAGUCAAAGCUGCCAAGCUUUUCUCCCACUUAGGUGUGCACUCUUCUUUUGGGCAUGAAGAUGCCCUACCUCUAGCAACAGAAAACAGCUGCCCCUGGGCUGGGUACCAAUAGGUGUUUAUGCAUAUGAGCUGUAAUGGGGAUGGCUUAAAGCAGCAAUCUCUUCUUAGUACAUCAGUAAGCUUGCACUGUUCUUGCUGUGUUUACUGAGAGUAAUACAAGCCCCUAAGAAGGAAUUUAACCCUUUCAUUAUUUAUUUAAGAAAGCUUAGUUUUUCCAAGACUCUAUUCAGAUGUGGGGGGGUCAGGGCAUCCAGAGCUAUUUGGGAGUUCCCUCGCAGUGUCUUUAACAAGUGCAUGUUAAAUAUGCUAAAUAAUAUGUUAAAUCUUGUGAAAUCACUUUCACUGCAGACUUCACUGAUGUAAAAUCCGCUGCCAGGGGAAGAGAUGGAUGUGCCAGUUCCCACACCGUGCCACCAAGUCACCCUGCCAUGUAAACGCUGUGAAGCAGCUCUGUGCCUUACUUCUGGACACGGUGAGAAAGAAGACCAAAGGAUAAGUCUUGAAAACAUGAUUCCUGCAACUGUUCACACUGUCCUGAGUGCUCUAUAUUUAUGCUGCCACAGAAAGAACUGGUUACAGCUGGAGAAGAAACACAGGAAACACUAAGGACUGAAAUGCGCUUGCAGCUGAAGUAUCAUCAUCAUGAAUAGGUACACAACUAUCAGACAGCUUGGUGAUGGGACCUAUGGCUCUGUCCUCCUAGGGAGAAGCAUUGAAUCUGGAGAGUUAAUAGCCAUUAAAAAAAUGAAGAGAAAGUUUUACUCCUGGGAGGAAUGCAUGAACCUUCGAGAGGUUAAGUCUUUGAAGAAAUUAAACCAUGCCAACGUAGUAAAGCUGAAAGAAGUUAUCAGGGAAAAUGAUCAUCUGUAUUUUGUGUUUGAGUACAUGAAGGAAAAUCUUUAUCAGCUAAUGAAAGAAAGAAACAAAUUGUUUCCUGAGUCUACAGUUAGGAAUAUUAUGUAUCAGAUCCUACAAGGGCUUGCAUUUAUCCAUAAGCACGGGUUCUUUCACAGAGACUUGAAACCUGAAAAUCUCCUUUGCAUGGGACCAGAACUUGUGAAAAUAGCAGACUUUGGCUUGGCCCGAGAAAUCCGAUCUAGACCUCCUUACACCGAUUACGUAUCCACAAGAUGGUACAGGGCUCCUGAAGUUCUUCUGAGAUCCACCAGCUAUAGUUCUCCAAUAGAUAUCUGGGCUGUUGGUUGUAUUAUGGCAGAAGUUUACACGCUAAGGCCUCUCUUCCCAGGAGCCAGUGAAAUUGAUACUAUAUACAAAAUUUGCCAAGUUUUGGGGACGCCAAAGAAGAACGACUGGCCUGAAGGCUACCAACUUUCAGCCUCAAUGAAUUUUCGCUGGCCUCAGUGUGUACCUAACAACCUAAAAACCCUCAUACCUAAUGCUAGCAGUGAAGCAGUACAGCUCAUGAGGGACAUGCUGCAGUGGGACCCCAAAAAGCGGCCAACAGCUAGUCAGGCACUUCGGUAUCCAUACUUCCAGGUUGGGCAUGCCCUGGGCAUUCAAGAACUAGGGAAACAAAAGGAGCUGCAUAAUAAGUCAUCUUUGCACAUUAAGCCUGUCCCUCCAGCACAACCUCCUCCAAAACCUCAUACCCGUAUUUCAUCGAGGCCUUUUCAGCAAAGCCAGUCCUCUCAGCACUUGGUGUACCCAUACAAGACAGACAAUUCUGGGGCUGAACACAGAAACUACCUACAGGAGGACAAAUCUAAACAGGUUCUUUUGCCAGCAAUUCACAACAAGAUUCCUCAGCAGAAAACAUCUGCUGGGACUGAGAAUAUAAAUGGUGAACUGAAACCAAAAGCUAGGCGAAGAUGGGGGCAUCUUGCUAGAGCAGCAAAGAAUUCUGACGACUGGAAUGAUGUGGACGAUGUUGAUUUUGGCUCUUCUGUCACAAGGGUGGACUUGAAAAACAAGAAGCAGAGUGAUGAAACACUUUGCAGAUUUGAAAGCAUUUUGGACCUGAGGCCUUCAGAUACCAUAGGCUCUGGCAACAGUGCACCUUCCCAUGCAACCUUUCAACGGCAGGACACUCCCACGCUGCGAGUUUCUGCAGCAAAGCAACACUACUUGAGGCAUUCUAGGUAUCUACCUGGACUAAGCACAAGGAAUGGCACAGCCUCCACUUCAAACAAAGAGUCUGCUCCAUCUAAUUCCUGGCCAAGUUCUGGUUUGCCUGGGAAAGCUUCUGUUUUGGGGGGAGAUAUUAACAGGAUGAAUUCAGGGCCCAUAGGAUCAAGCAGUCUAAUUGGUGGUUAUGUCCCUUCGUUUCUGAAGAAGGAAGUAGGCUCUGCUGGGCAGAGGGUUCAGUUAGCAUCAGUUGUGGAUCCAUCUUCUGAUUAUGCUUCUCUGAAGUCAGUAAGACCUCAUCUUGGACAGCCAUCGUUCAGUUCACCUACAAAAAGCACACCAAGGUUAAUGUCUCUCCCACCACCUGCUCAGCCAGUCCAUGGGCGUGUUGACUGGUCUGCAAAGUAUGGUGCUCACCGGUGACACGUGCAAUGACUCCCCAAACCAGUGCGUGUUUCCCAUGAAGUGGGGGCUAACAUGAGACAGUUUGAUACUAUUUUAUACACCUGUACAUUUAAAAGAGGGAGAUCUUCUAAGAAGGAGAGAUUUUGAAGGGCUUUUGUACUUUUAUUUGUAUUAAUUUGAAUGCAGCCUUGUACCUUUUUGUAUAAAAUAGUUAUAUAAUUUGGUCCAAUUAUUUUCAUAAAUCUGAUGCAUUUUUGUAUAUGUGGCUUAGGGGGGGGGUGGCAUUUUUAUAUGAGAAGUUUUUAUAAUGAGCCUUUUAAAAAACUGAACAUUUUCUUUAUGAGAUUCAUCUUUUUUAUAAAAGUGGAUUAAAAAAGGCAAAGUGGUGCAAUAUUGCAGUGGAAUUGCUAAGGAAGGGGCAUUCAUUAGGCAUUUUCUGAUGGUUAUGUGCUAAAGGAGGCUGUAUAAUUUUGGUGGUGCCACGUCUUGAUGCCAUGUUUUGGUUGUCCUGUACUCAUGUGCUUUGUACUGACAUCAGAGGAGUGGGUGACUAACAGUCUAAACUCUACUCAGUGACAGGCCUUUUAAAGUUUUUUUGCCUUUAAAAGGUUUUUAUUGGACUGUUAUGCAGCUUUCCAGCUUCAUUCUUUUGCUUUCACCAAAUGUGGGGAAUCUUCUUGUUUAGUGAAGGGUAAAGACCCUUUGGUACAUCUGUUCUCUGACAUUGCUUUUUUGUCCUGCUUCAAAGAUGAUUCUUAGCAUUGUUCACUAUGAAAAAGAGUGAGGACCUACUUCUGUUAAAUUUGUUUAGCUGUUCUAAAGAGAAUCAGAUUCUGUUUCUUCUUUUGUUGUUGUGACUGCAGAUCUGAAGAAAUAGUUAAGAUAAUAUUAACAAUUAUAAAGCUGGCUUCACAGUAACCAAAUACUGAUCUGCCAGCAGCAGAGUUGGAGACAAUAUCUGUGCCACUGACUUCACAACUGUUUGAAGUCACUUCUAGAAAAGAACAAAACAAAGCAGAGGAAAUGAUUCAGUUUAAGACUUGCUUUAGUAGUUCUUCAAUAGAUCUUCACUUACUUACAGUGUGAAGAAUGUGUCAGCUUCUGUCCAUUUGUCCCCCAGGCACUACUGGGAGAAAAAUUGGGACUUUACCUGAUCCUUCUGGAAAAAAGCUCUAAAAGUGGGUUAAUUUCAAAGAAACUAAUGCAGCUUUUUGAAGACCAGUUUAACUCUGUUUAUAAGGUAAAAUGAGGUAUCAAGUUAUAGAGAAAAGAAAAUAGCUCCACAAUCUGUUUUAAAUCUGUACUAGAAAUGAGUGCCAGAGUCUAGCCAUCAGCAAAAGAUCACAGUCAGCAUUUGGCUGCACCUCAUUCCACAAAGGAAAGACAAAACAGUACAGUGCUCUGGGGAACACUUUUUACAGCUGCCUUUAGGAACAGCACCACUCAAGCUGAAGUGUGCUAUGAAAAUGCAUUUUCCUGCAGAAGUGUACAGAAAUGCUCACCUUUCUGGGCUCAUUUCACGCACCGAUGAGACUGCGUAUCUGUGAGACUUAAAUCCAGUCCAAAGGGAUCAGAGCAGGUAUGGUUCUCAGCACCUGCCCAUUUUGAGAGAGCUGAAUGGGUAGUGUGUCAGGGAGACCCCUUCUGUGGGAUUUGCUGGUACCUGCCAGAGCAGCCACUGUGGACUGGAGACACAUGCUGGCUUUUGUAGCACUUCCCGUGGAGAACAUAGUGGGAGUUAAAGGAAACUACCCUAGAGCUCACUGCUGGCUCAGUGCUGGCCACUGUUUGCUUUUAUAAGCCCAGUCCACAGUGAGACAGCACAGGACAAAAAGGGUACAAAAGGAUCUAUGCAUUAAAAAAAAAAGCAUACAUACAAGACUUACAAGUGCCAAGGACACAUUACAUGUCCAGCUUCUCUGUUAUUUGUUCAUGGCAGGUACUAACUCCAAACCAUUCCUAACUGCUUCCAAAGCAGUGAUGCCAGUUCAGAGCAGUAAAAUAAAGCAGCACACAUUGAUGGUGUCUGAGUAAGGGGAAAGAGAAAUACGUAUAUUUGUGUUAGAAAUGGAAAGACAGUUGUUUCUCUUGGUGGGAAAAAAAGAGCUGUACUUAUGCAUAGAUACAAUUUAGUCUGUUUUAUCACUGAAUAAUUGGUUUCAAGAGGGAACAUCCAGAACUAUGCCUAAACCUAAACAGGCAAUUAUCUAAGAUAGUCCAUUCCAGAUGUGUAAUUCCUACUAGUGGAAACAGGAGAUGGACAAGUCACAAGACCAGGCUGCUGAGACUUGGAUUCAUUCUAUCUAACUGCAGACACCUAAGUGUGAGCUGCUUUGUUUUGACCUGACUUUUUAAACCACUGGUGCAUGAGGAUCAUCUUUAUCUCCAGAGAAAUUUGGCUCACCUGUGAACUUCAUAACCUUCUGGAGAUGCCUGUAGAGAUGCCUCUCCACUAAGGCUAGGGACUGCUCCACAUGUUUAGAGUAAUACAGGAUGGAUCUGAACUUGGCCUGUAACCUCUGAAAUGUUAUCAGCCAUGCAGUGUUGUUUUUUUUCUCACUAGCAUUCAAGUUUUGAUCAGUCCAGCAAAAAGAUGAGGAAAAGAAGUAGGAUUUGGCUUUGCAUAUGUCCUACUUUCCCAAGUUAAAGCUCCUGUUUUGGAAAGAAGCUACUAAUCUUGAUAAUCAGAAUCACCUUGGCUAGUUUUAACUUAGUGCAAUGGAAAAUUAGCAAAGUAUAAUGGCAGAUUCCUACUGAAGCUGGAAAAAGCUCUUUCCAAGUAAAGACUGAGCUGACUGAGCUGUGUAUUUUACAGUGUACAAUACAAUUUCACAGUGUACAGUGUACAAUACAGAUAUGGAAGAGAUGUAAGCCUUUAUUGUACUGUGAUCUGGACAAGCAGCACAUCUGAGAGUUUACCUAUGUAACCUACUAUUAUGUGGUUUAAUAUUUAGCAGCAUCUUUAUGCAAACAUGUUUUUUAGAAUUCUACUGUUUACAUUUUCUCAGGCUUAUGCAGAACAUGUAGUAAUGACUCUUGGAAAGAAAGGAGCCUGACAGUGGACUCUCAUUCACUUCUGUCACCCAGAUUUUCCUCGAGGUAUUGUGUUAAGUGCCGUGGUGUUAGCAAAAGAAUAUCCCAAGCCAGAAAACUCACUCCUGUGUUAUUUUUUUGUCUAAUAAGGCUGUUGAUGUGAGCAGGAUAGUCCAUCCUGAAAGGAGAUUCUUUGAACUUAGGUGUAAGGAGGGAGUGGAAUUGUCAGUGAGUAAAGAAAUAACAGUGGUUUUGUUGGAAAGUAUCAUCAAUGUUUGUUUCAUUUCUUCAAUGUCAAGUCUCCUACCUGGAAUAAAAGUACUCUUGAAGAA